CAACCCAUCAAAGUUGAUAACUACCAGUCUUUAUGCUCUCAUUUCUCAACUACCAAUCAUCAUUAUAUAUACCAUAAUUUUAUGUUCCAUCCCAUAAUGAAUUUCUGCCGCUUGACUCAUCUUUGUGGAGACUAAUGGGAGACUUAGCUCAGACCACUAAUGAUAAUAAUGAAGAAACCAAAGAGGAAAAUAAACAGGAACAGGAUUCCAAGCUGGAAUUCUCUGAAGAUGAAGUCUCACUCAUUGCUAAGAUGUUUAGAUUGGUUGGAGAAAGGUGGUCUCUAAUUGCUGGGAGGAUUCCUGGAAGAACAGCAGAAGAAAUUGAGAAGUACUGGACUACAAAGCAUUCAGCUUCAAGUGAAAGAUGACUGAAAAUAAUUCAAAUGCUGCUAUGGUUGAUUAGCUUUGAUUGUUUAUUGUAAAUGAUGUCUAGGUGUGGGAUAUAAGUAUAAAAAUUGUUAUUAUAUGUUAGUUGCUUUCUAUGAUAUUAUUGAUUUAUGUAAUUAUAUUAGCUAGUGUAAUCAGUAAAGCAACGAUGCAUGGUGAAUGUUUCUGCAAAUUGCGAAGUGCUUGACAUGUAAUAAGAAUCAACUUUCUCUUCUUCUA